GGCAAACUUUUGCGCCAUAAAAAGUACCCGCACGGCAGCUCACUCCACAUUCCCUCCCAGCCUCCCCACUGUACAGCAAGUGCACCACAAAGCAGAGUGAGGAGCUAGUAGCGCGAGACUUCCAAUUGCGCCGCCCCCGCACCAUGCCACCGCCGGGGUCCUGGUUCUACAAGCUGCGGCGCAGGCGAGGUGACGCCGGCGAUGACGACGCCGCGGCGCUCGCGAGCAAGCCGAGAGGCGAUCGUGCACCACCGGAGCUCGCGGCGCCGCCCUGCUCCCCGAACAGAGCUUCCUACUACGUCCCGAGCUGCGACCGUGGCCCGGCCACGGGGAACCCCAAGCGCCGAGACACGCAAUUCCCGCGCAGCCCGCAGCGCGGCGACAUCGUCUUCGACGUGGUCACCGUCCAGGCAGCCGCCGCCUGCGACGCCGACCGGUUCGACGGCCUCAAGGCGAUGCCGGAGCUGAAACUCCGGCCCAUCCUCACCAAGCCGGCCGGCGCCGCCAAGAAGGUCGACGGGGAGGAGGCCUCGGGCAGCGGCGGCACCAGCGCGGCCGCGUCGCCGACGGCCAGGGUGCGGCGGCGGCGGCUCCACGUGCAACCGAGCGGCGGGCGGAAGGGGAGGGCGGCGAGCGCGCAGCUGCAACCCUCGGCGACCAGGCAGCAGAGCCGUCGCGCCAGGCGGCGGCGGUGGCUGCGGGAGAGCCUCGUGGUGGUGAAGGAGUCGGCCGAGCCGGAGGAGGACUUCCUGGCGAGCAUGGCGGAGAUGAUCGCCGCGAACGAGGACGUCCGGGCGUCGCCGCGGGGUCUCGAGGAGCUCCUCGCAUGCUACCUCGCCCUCAACGCCGCCGAGCACCACCUCGCCAUCGUCGCCGCCUUCACGCGCGCCUGGCUGGCGCUCGACACGGCCGGCUCCAAGCAGCACCGGUCGUCGCCGCCGCUCCAGGGCUAGCUAGCAAGUAGCUACUUACUGCGUGUGCCCGUGUACAGUACGCCCCCGCGCGCGCGUCUCCGUGCGAAUUACGGCGGUGAAUUGAAAUGAUACUCAUGGUUUCUGUCUUUCUGAUUGCGUUUGCACAAAUCGCAAGACUU